UGAUAAAGACUUAGGAGCUGGAGGAGCCCCACAGCACGUGCAGAAGACAGGUCUCUUGCUGGCUCUCCUGCGUGCUGCUUUCCCCAUCGCUGCAAGGCAGCGAGACACGGAGCUCUUUCCUCCUCUGGCUCCAAGUUAAUCAUCUGUUUGCAAUUAACCUGCGACCUCCCGCCCCCGCGGCAGGCUGGGCAGUGCUGUAGCUUUAACACAGGCGGUGGAAGCGGGAGGGAGGACAGCAGUGCCAGGUCCAGCCCCGAAGCUGCUGCAGAUCCCUCACUCCUGGCCCCAGUCCCAGCAGCGCUGCCUGCCAUGGGGAGCCGCAGGGUCCUCGCCGUGGUCCUCGCCUUCCUCGCCCUCCUCUCCAUCGCUGCUGCCCGCUGCAAGCUGCUGGUGUUCCUGCUCGACGGCUUUCGCUUCGACUACAUCGACGACAAGGAGCUGGAGGCUCUGCCAGGCUUUCGGAACAUCGUCAACAUGGGGGUGAAGGUGGAUUACAUGACCCCAGAUUUCCCCAGCCUCUCCUACCCGAACUAUUACACGCUGAUGACAGGUCGCCACUGUGAGGUCCAUCAGAUGAUUGGAAACUACAUGUGGGACCCAAAGACUAAUGUGUCUUUCGACAUUGGCGUGAACAAAGAAAGCCUGCUGCCUCUCUGGUGGAAUGGAUCGGAGCCUUUGUGGGUGACAAUGACAAAAGAAAAGAAGAAUGUUUUCAUGUACUACUGGCCAGGUUGUGAGGUCGAAAUCCUUGGAGUCAGACCAAGCUAUUGCCGUGAAUACUUCAGUGUCCCGACAGACAAAAACUUUGCAGAUGCUAUCAGUGAUGCUCUCGAGUCUUUCCGCAAUGGCAGUGCCGAAAUGGCCGCGGUGUACUACGAGCGCAUCGACGUGGAAGGCCACCACUACGGCCCUUCAUCCGAGCAGCGGAAGAGUGCUUUGAAGGAGGUGGACAAAGCCUUGAGCAACAUGAUCACCCAGAUCAAGAGCAAGGGCCUUCAGAACGAUGUCAACGUCCUCCUCUUCUCCGACCAUGGGAUGACGGACAUCUCGUGGACGGACAAAGUGAUUGAGCUGAAGAACUACAUCAAUAUGAGCGAUACUAUUCAAAUGAAGGACCGCGGUCCUGUUGUCAGCCUUUGGCCAGUUCCAGAGAAGCACACAGAGAUAUAUCAAAAAUUGAAAGCUGUGGAGCACAUGGAUGUUUAUAACAUACAGGAUAUUCCAGAGAGGUUUUUCUACAAAAAAGGAAAAUUCGUUUCUCCUCUAACUCUUGUUGCUGAGAAGGGAUGGUUCAUAGCAGAGAGCAGAGACAAGCUGCCCUUCUGGGAGAACGGCACGGGGAAGAGGGAGGCCUGGCAGAACGGCUGGCACGGCUAUGACAAUGAGCUCAUGGAGAUGAGAGGCAUCUUCCUCGCGUAUGGGCCAGACUUCAGAUCCAGCUUCCGAGCGCCUCCGAUCAGGUCCGUGGAUGUCUACAACAUCAUGUGCACCCUCGCAGGAAUACAGCCGCUGCCAAACAAUGGCUCCUGGGACAGGGUGGAGUGCAUGCUCAGGAACACGGCCGCCUUGGCACCGCUCUGCCAGUGGAGCAGCUGUGCGCUCGCCCUGGCUCUGCUCUCGCUCCUCACCCAGCAGAUCUGGUUGCUGUGAUCCCCGAACAAUGUUGGUCCCUGUCACCAGCAACUUGAUCCUUCUCCAUUUUAUUUUUUGUGUGUGUGUGUGUUUUGUUCUUUGUUUCUGUGUGUGUGUUUUGUUUUUUUAAGUUCUUCAUUUGAAUAAUAGCUUUAUUAAUAGAGUGCUGUCCCCCACUCAGCCGUCGUGCUCCGCCAGGCGUGAAUCCGACCCGUCCUGCUUUUACAGCAGUUUUAACGUGAAGACAAGUUCUGUGCUGCUUUAAACACAGCCUGGAAAGCUGGUGUCGCUGCUCUAGAUUUACAGAGCUGGCAAUGGGAGCAGGAUUCAGGCUGGCUAACAGCAAACUUUUCUGGAGGGUGCAUGUGGAGACCCCUGGAGAUCAAGCACUUCUUACCCCAGCAAGUUUAACUGAGGCUCGCCCUGCUCCUGAGAAGCUCAGGGCUGGAGGCAGACCCCUGUGCAUUUACCUUGCUGUUUCUGGCUUACUCCUUUAUCUCCAGCAGACCUCCACUUCUUACAGCGCCAGCCAAGCCCGGUCCCUACCAACCCCUUCAUCAAAGAGCCAAGCUGAGCAAUCGUAGUGUCAAGGGUGGAUCGGCAGGAAAGCAGUGAGAGCAUCCCACUUCUCCCAGCCUUUCCUUCUUUGUUUUCCCUUAGAGCCCUGGCACUGCAGGCCCCUGGGGCUGGGCUUUCAUCAGUGACCGCAGCUGGAGGGAGGGCUGGAGCAAGAGGAGACUGAUGGAAAUCCUCCACACCAAAAACUGGAGGACACUGAAAUGGCAUCUGGACACACCAGGUUCAGGAGCAAGUACCAUGAGGAAGCCUGGCAUUUAACAGCCUCUCUGCUUUUCCUGGUGAAGAUGAUAUCACCUGCUUAGUUGUUUUUUGUUCAUUUGUUUUAUCCAAUUGUGUUUCAACAGGUUUUCAACAGCUACUACUUUUCUACCAGCCCCUGCUCUCUACAUCCCUGCCAUUAAAGCAGUGUGGUGGGCAGCACAUCCCCUUGCUCUUUGAGUUGAUGGUUGACUUAAAUAUAGCAGGAGAGCAUGGGGCUGCUCUCGGAGGUAAUGCAUCUGAAGGUCAAGUCAAAUGGAUGAUAUAAUCCUGAAAACAUCAACAUAGCAGAAGUAGUAAAUCCCCUGGAAAAAAAAAAAGAAAGAAAAAAAAAAAAAGAUUUUGCCCCUACUCAUCCACUCCAGUGCAGCCAGGGAUCUGCCCUGGGCAGUGUUCAACACAGGGCUGGCGGGGGCUGGAGGCAAAGCCAGCAGCUUCGAGGUCCUCCUCUGUUAGCUUAGAAGAUGAAGUGCACUGAAUUGUUAAAUUGUCCAGUUGUCAGUCCUCGGUGUCCAACACGGGAAUGUAUGUCAGCUGCGGUGGGUCGUUAGAGAGGUGGUCUUCUUGCAUCAUUAAGUUUCUACUGUGAAAUAAGCAUAUCUUGAACAGAGCCAUAAGGGUCUGAUCCCACAAAGUGUCCUUUCCUCCCUGGGAGGCUGACCACAGGCUGCAGCCUUCAGUCGUGCCUUCAGGAGCGCUCAGCACUUUUUCUGAUAUACCUCUGAGCCAGGAGCUUUCAACGAAAAACUGCCUUUGGAAGGAUUCAGCUCCCUCCCCGUGUAAAAUAAACUUCUAAGAGUUGUUAUUUGUGCGGAUCCAGAGUCAGGCACCAUUCUGGUACAGUGAGUUUAAGAGUGAAUGAUUACCCUAUGGAAAAAAAAAAAAAAAACAACACACAACGCAUUAAACUUGACAAAAGACUUCUGUAAUAGCUAUAAAGAUUUAUGUAAUGUGUUUUUAAAGCUCAAGUGAACCAUCAAAUCAAUUGGAAAAAAAAGGGGAGAAAAUCAGUCUUUGUUAUUAGACUGUUGAGUAUAAAAGGCAAUUUAGUGCUUUCUAAGCAUUUGCAGUAGCUGUAAAACAAGCACCUAUUGUUCAGAGUUCCCUGUUGCUCUUUAAUGGACCAGGCUCAAUGCAUCCGCUGGAGCACAUUUUAAAGUGAGAAAGUUAUCAGCACACAAGAUAGCCAAAUGACAGAAUUGCAGAUUUUUGCUUGGAAAACAGCAGGAUAUAUACAGCACACGCUAAUCUCUCCACCGCCUGCAGUUUUAACUCUUACAGUAAAAAGGAGCCAAUAUUCAGAACUACAGAUCCUUAAAGCACAGGGCUGAACUCUGAUGCUCAAUGACAGAAGCAGAAACCAGACAAACAAAUCAGGGCCGUUGAGUCGUUCCAGGGAUGGGCCACAAGACAUGAAGCCGAUAUUGCGCGUACUUUGUGUAACUCGUUGUCACGGGGGCCAUAUGCAGUGUCUGUCCUUGGAGCAAACACUGCAGCGUGAAAUUCCUAACUGUGAGAGGUGUUUGACCUUUAUGCAAGCAGUGUGUAUGGCAAUACACCUCAAAAUGUUCUAUAUAAAAGGGAAAUUUGAUGGUAGACCUACAAGAAGCUCAUUAGCUUCAUGGGAACUACAGUUGGUUAUGGUUGGGAAGCACGUCUUUCUUCUGAAAUUUUGUACCUGUGAAUCAGUUCGCAUUCUCAUUCAAAAAGCAGUCUCUUGACUCUAGCCUGUUUUUCUCUGUACUAUGCAGCUGAGGUGGGUGUAUUUUAAAAUGGUUCUGAAUGAUGUUUUUGUACAAUGACUGAUUGUGAAUGAGUGAAUAAAUCUAAGAAUGCUGUUAGAAAAAAAAUAUGCAUCUUUUUGUAAAUACUGUAAGAUUUGGGGAAAAAAAAAACAACAACAACAAACAAAAUAACAAC